AUGUAUCGGAAGUUGUCUAAGUUAGAACACUCGGAAAUAAAACAACUUCUUACAGAAGCUAACAUAGAUGUUGCAAAACAUUACGCAACAAACAAAAAAGCACUCGCUGACAUCCUCAAUGACUACAAUGGUGAAAUAACUUAUGAUAGAAUUCAUGAGUUCAUAAAGCCGCAACGCGGCGAGGACGAAGUCCAUGCAAGAGCAUUUCCUUUAAAUGACGUUGCUAUUGACUUAUAUCAUAGACGUUCAGUACCUCAUGAAGUAAGAAGAGAAAUGUUUGACAUAACAAAUGCAAACGUUGGUGAAACAAGAAGAAGAGACGACACACUGAAACAACAGAGAAGAGAGAUGUUUAAAAGUGCUAUAGAACAAGUUCGCAAAGCUAACGAUGUCAUUCGUUCCAUUGACGACAAACCAAAAGAAGGUGAGAGAUGGUUAAAGAAAGAUGAAGAGAAUAGGAAGAGAAAUGUGAAGUCAGGCAAUAGACUCAUUGACUUUAACAUCGAAGCUUUAGAUGAACCAAACAGAGACUACUUACACAAACAUUUCGGUAAGGUUUUCAUGAGACUCUUAGAGA